GGUUAAUGACAGUUUCCCUUCAAUACUGCCUAAUACUGCGUCAGCAAGACAGCUCUUCCUCCUGCGAAGAAGAUGGUGCAACCAAUGGGAGUGUCCGCUGGUGGUGACAUCAGCACUUGGAAGUACGUUGCGAGGUACGUUGUGGGCAUCUGCAUUGUUGUCGCUGGACUCGCAGCUCUUAUCGGCGGUGGAUGGUAUCUUCGCGUUCAUUCGGUACGCGGCACGCCAGACACCGAUGACGCCCUGCCUCACGUGUGUCCCUUGCAGCCGAGUGGUGGUGACGACAACCCUCCUGCUGCGUCCUCUGUCCACAGUGCUGCUUCUCACCCGCACCUGAGGCGGUCGCUCUCUGCCGGGGGCAAGAUGUUCAAUCAAAUCCCUCCGGUCGACUCGAAUCUCGGCGCUGGGCACGAGCUCGGCAAAAAGGCGUCGUCACAUAAUAUUAUCAUCAUGUCGUCGGUGGGUGUCCUCCUUUUCAUCAUCGGUAUCUGGGUCUGCAUUGCAACACGCAAAUGCAAAUCUGUCGGCGCGCCGCGACGAGAGCUAUUGGUCGCCCGCGCACGGCCCUCUGCACCACCUCACCCCCGCCGUCCCCCGAAUGAGCCGGAAGAGGAGCCCCCGCUGGUGACAGUCGGCAGCCCCGACACGUCGCCUCCUCCGGCCCGUCAGUCUUCGCUUUCAUUUGGGAGGGAGCCAGAAUGUGAGCCGUCUCGAGAAGCAGUUGACCUGGCAGGGCAGGCAUCUGCGCUAGCGUGAAGCAGACCGCGGCGUUCGGUCGCUGUGUGUGUGAGGGUGUGUGUGAUGGGCCCAUGAAUUGAGUGGGGCGAUGAGUGGGGCGGUGCACGCUACUUUUCACGUGGUUUGUCGUGCUGAGCAGGGGUGUGUGUAUGUGUCUUGCCGAUUGUCAGCAAGGCAGGCAGCGAGACGGGUGUACAUAAUCUGUGUGUAUAUAUGCUCGUGUGUGAGGGCUCUGCAUCGCAUGUCUUUUCCCGGCCUUUAUCUCUGUGUCUAUGCACUGCACUGCACUCGCGGGUGUCUGUCUUUUUGCUUGGGUAGCUCAGCUCCUCCGACACAAGCAAGCUUCUUUGCGUGACUUGGGCCAGCGUGCGUGGGACAAUGGUGGGUAACACGUCAUCACAUUAACCGAUCGAUACACG